AUGCCAUCACUCACCUUCCUUGGACUGCUCCGGGCGAGCCUUCUGGUCCAGCUGCGAGAAUCCUUCGCUCAAUCCACCCUCCACGGGGUACGCUACAUCGCCGAACGGGGUCAACCGUUCUGGGAGAAAUUCUGCUGGUUCUGUAUGGUUUCCACCGGUACCGUCACCACGUUGGUCAUCAUUUUCAAUCUGUGGCAGCGGUUUCUGACCAAUCCGACCAUCACCGGACCCGAUACCGGAUUGCGCCAAAACUGGACCAUCUUUCCAACGGUGGCACUGUGCCCGAUGGAUCCGCUGAAUCGUGGCAACGCCGAACGGUGGUUGCAAUCGAUUGAACCCGCGGAAAAUUUCACCGAAGUGGAACCGUUCCUGCGUUUGAUGGCGAAAAUUUCCUAUGCUCAGUUCGAUGCGAUUGUAUCGUCGAUGAAGGAAGAUGUUCCCCAAACGUGGUCCAGGAUGGUGGUGGGGAAGAGCUUUCGGGACUUUGUAUUCCAAGUGGCGGUCGGUUGCGACGAUCUGUUGGCAGGAUGUUGGUUCCGAGGUGAACCACUGGAAUGUUGCAGCCAAUUUUUACCGGUUUUCUCCGAGCAUGGGUUCUGCUAUGCGUUCAAUUCCAAGUUUAUCGAUGCACCGGAACGAUGGGAACGCAGCACCGAAGUCAACUACCUGUACGAAACGGAUAAAAAGUGGGGCCUCACGUUUGCGCCGCUCCAACCGUCGCACAUCUUCGUCCACUCGUACAACGAAAUAUCCGGCUGGGACUUUCGGCCGCAGGUCAAGUGGGACGUCAACUUUGCCAUAGACUUUCUCAUCUCGAUGAAGGAGACCUACACCACCGAGGACGCCCGGCAGCUGUCCACGGGGCAGCGCAAGUGCAUCUUCCCGGACGAGGUCGAACUGAAGUACUACCGGGACGAUUACACCUUUUCCGGCUGCAUGAAGGAGUGCCGCAUGCAAAAGUGCCUCAAGUACUGCAAAUGUAUUCCACCGUUUUAUGCUCCGCCGGUUUCGCUGCCAUUCUGCACGGUCAAGCAGCUGGCGUGUUUGGCCAAGUACACGGCGAACAUCACCAGCAUCAGUGGGUGUCAAAAUUGCGAGCUGGGCUGCCACAAUACGGUCUACGACAUCGAAAAGUACUCCAAAAUCAUGAGCACGGACGAAAGCAAGGAACCGGUCGUCACCAUCGAGUACCUCACGUGGCCCAUCAUUCGCUAUAAGCGAGAAGUCCUGUUCGGUUGGGUCGAUCUGCUGGUAUCGUUCGGAGGCAUAGCGGGCUUAUUUCUGGGCUUCAGCCUUCUGUCAGGAGUGGAGAUCAUCUACUUCUUCACGAUGCGGGCAUGCUGUAUGCUGUACAAGAAUCGAGACGAGUUGAUUGCCAUUGAGCAGGAGAAGCUGAAACGUCCCCAGCACCGGUAUGACCUGAGUCUCAGGCCAGACUUUGGAAAUCGAGUGCAUCCGAGUGGCACGACAGCGCCUUCGGAGCCACAACCGGACGGAUUGGUCAAAAGGCUUAACAAAAAUAUCAUUACGGUUGGUUUGAUCGAACAGGAAUUUCUGACCGUUAAGGUCCCCAGUGGCAAGGGAUUGGUGCUGGGUGGGGCUAGUAAUCGCUAUAUUGGCCGGUAUGAACGGAUGAAGACCAUCGCCAAACCGGACAUAUUUCGGCCGAUUCUGGUGGCACCGUACAGCGAGAAGAUUAAACCACUCGACAGAAAUGUGAUUGGGAACAAGGAUGGGCUGUUCUACAAUGGUUAUUUGCCGUGA